AAGAAACCCCUCGAUACAAUCCACAAACCGAUCAUUGAAACGUGCAAAGAAUUAAAAUAAUUAAAACACGCACAUACAAAUCUUUAAUUAAAACAACUCUAACAGAAGUACCAUUUUCCGUGUUUCCCGUGGAAGUGAACGCAGCAUCAGACGCUGAGGAGCGGCUGCAGGUGAAACGGCACGCCUUUACCUUACCUGUCCACGCGCGCACUCGUGAAGCAGGCACCUGAAGACAUGCGGAAGUGAAGCGUGGAGCGGAACUGGCGACGACAUACACGUUCUUGGACAUGAACGGCGUGUGAUGGAGACACUGGGUGCUAGUGGGCAGCGGGAGGAGCACGUAGACGGCGUGCUGGUUGGAUGUAGCGUCACUUUUCUUUGAGAGACCUUCACGUGAACACCGGACCGACCUGCGACAUGUUCUUCAAGGAACAAAUGGAGCUGGGUGACAUAUGUCAUGACUGUCCGAGCACUGAGGCUUUACUUACUUCAAUGCCAACCCGCAAGACUUUUGAUUACGUUUUGGUGGCCCACAUUGUGGGCGAUGACACGGACCAGAAGACUGUCAAACAAAAAGCCUUCAUUCAACAGCUUGAGAAGAAAAACAUCACCGUCACACGGAUCGUCUAUGAUGACAAAAUGUUUUAUGGCCUCCGGGCUUCCAAUGACAUGUUAGAAAACUACCAGUACCUUCUGAAAGUCUCGGACUCCUGCAACUGGUGUGGCGAUUUAAGAGGCCACCACCCCCAAACGACCAGGAUCCGAAUCAUCCAUUUCAUCCUUGAGCAUACCUACAUCAACAAUGGAGAGAACCUAGAGGAACUGUUUAAGAAGGGUGUGUUUGAAACCAUGUUCUGCCUCCAUGAGCGAGAAGCCCGGAAUAAUCUGAAGAAAAAGUGGGCGCGCUGGUCGGCUCUCUGUAAAGGACAACCAAUCACCGACAUCCAGGGCUACUUUGGGGAGAAGGUGGCCUUGUACUACCUGUGGCUGGGCUGGUACACCAAGCUGCUGGUUCCAGCUGCUGCUGUGGGUGUUUUUGUGUUUUUGUACGGACUCGCCUUCUUUAACACCAACCCUCUCAUUAAGGAAGUGUGUCAGUCCAACAUCAUUAUGUGUCCUCGCUGUGAUAAGAGAUGUACGGUGUGGCAGCUGUCAGACACCUGCACCUACGCUAAGGUCAGCCACCUGUUUGACAAUGAGGGCACUGUGGCUUUUGCUAUGUUUAUGGCAAUCUGGGCCACUUUAUUCCUGGAGCUGUGGAAGAGAACCAGAUCCAGACAUGUUUCUCAGUGGAAGGUCUUUGACUGGUGUGAGGAAGAGGAGGAACUGAUUAUGGAAAUAGUCAAUGAUCCAAACUGCCAGCCGAAAAAGUUCAGACACUCCUACCUGCGCAGCACCGUGGUGCUCAUUCUGGUAACCCUCAUGCUGAUGCUGAUUAUUCUCCUCGCUCAAGCCCUGGUGGUGUUUCGAGUUGUGGCCGCCCCCCUAAUGUCUGAAGGCGGCUGGGAGUUUAUGAGGGACCAUGCAAACACUGUGGCUGUCAUGUUUGGAGCUGUGCUGCAUUAUCUCACCAUUCAGAUCAUUGACCAGGUCAACAGAUGGGUGUCCCUCAAACUGUGUGACGUAGAGAAGACCAACUCAUCUGCAGCCACAGAGAGGAGCUUCACGGUCAAGAUGUUUACCUUCCAGUUCUUCACUCUUUUCUCCUCACUCUUCUACGUGGCCUUCUUCCUGGGCAGGAUAAACGGCCGUCCAGGGGACUAUGCACGUAUUGCUGGAUGGAGACUGGAAGAGUGCCAUCCUAGUGGUUGUUUGACAGACCUCUUCAUCCAGAUGGCCAUCAUCAUGCUCCUCAAACAGACUCUCAACAACAUCUUUGAGUUCUCUGUGCCCUGGGUUAAGAACCGUCUGAGCAGAAACAAUGCAAAGAAGCUGCAGAGGAAGUGUGGUCAGCGUCAAAAGAAGGGCUGCCGUGAUAGUCAGCGUGCCGAACCGUGUCACACCUGCAACCUUCCGGACUGGGUGUCAAAUUACCAUCUGGACAACACAGACAACUUCAGUCUGUUCAAUGAGUUCUUGGAGAUGGUGGUCCAGUUCAGUUUCACCACCAUAUUUGUGGCAGCAUUCCCCCUCGCCCCCCUGCUGGCUCUCAUCAACAAUAUCUUUGAAAUACGUCUGGAUGCUAUCAAGAUGGUCCGCCUGGAGCGGCGGAUUGUUCCAAGGAAGACCAACGACAUCGGUGUGUGGACGAAGGUGCUGGAGGUGAUUGGCGUGUUAGCAGUGAUUGCUAACGGCCUGGUCAUCGGGGUCUCAUCGGACUUCAUUCCCCGCCUUGUCUACCGUUACCGUUAUGGCCCCUGUGCUAACGGAAGCAGUCUCACACACUGCAUGCAGGGCUACAUCAACGACACUUUGUCUACGGCUGUUGUGUCACAUGUGGCUGUUAGAAAUGACUUUCUCCCCAAUCAGAUGAUCACAGACAAGGGCUUCAACGUCACACAGUGCAGCUACAGAGACUACAGGAGUGAUGAGGACUACACACUGACUGCUCAGUUCUGGUUGGUUCUGGCUGUGCGCUUUGCCUUCGUCAUCUUGUUUGAGCACGUUGUGGUGAUGUGCAAGUUUAUAGCGGCCUGGUUUGUCCCUGACAAUCCUCUGCAGGUGAAAAAUGACCGGCUAAUGGACAAACUGGCCCGGCUGAAGCAUGAGCUACAGAAAAAACGUACCAAUGAAAGCAAGUCAACGGACGUCUGACCACAUACGCAUACAAUCUCCACUGAUGAGACCUGUUGUUGAAACACGGAAUGGACUUCACUAAACUUUAAUGUUGUGUGAGGUUUAUGUGUCAGGGUAUCAUUUGAUUUUUCUUUUAUUACUUGGUCAAUGUUAUACAAACAUCACGUAAUGUUUUUAUAUAUUAAAUUUUAGUAAAAAAAGUAUUGUCAGUUGACAAUCUGUAUAGGGUAUUGUUGUUCCUGAGAUCCGGGUCACAUCUAAUCUUGGUGAAGAACAUCAAUCAACUCCACGUUCAAUGUGUCCAGUCUGACUAGGGGUCUUUCCCAAUACACACACCCAACAUUCUUGAACCCUUACAGGUGUGUUCAUGCAUGUAUUAGACACUGUCACAUGCUAACUCUGCUCAGUGUAUCCCACAAUGCACCACGGUCUACUACUCCAACUCCUGUUGGCGGUAGGGGGACUACAGGCUGCCAGUUAGUUCAUGACUCGUUGCCUUCAGGUGGUAAUAUCAAUGCAACAUGAUAUUUUGUGUUCAAUAGACCCACUCCCUGAAGUGAACAUGAAAUGCCUGGACAUUUAUAAGAACCAAUAGAACACUGUUAAGAUUAAUAUAAAACACUUCAUGGAA